AUGCAUUCACAGAAGGCCACCUGCCCCCUCACUGCCGAGGUCAUUGCUCGCCCCACUCGCGCGCCCCCCUCAACUUCACCCUCCUCGCCGCUACCCAUCCGCUCGCCCGCCCACCUGGUCCCCUUGUCGACCCUGCACUCACACACCCCUAUCUUUGGCCCUCGCCCUCACCCUCGAGCUGCUCCUUCCCUCGCCGUCCCCUCGACCCUCGCCCCUUCGCCGCCGCUUCCGCUCCCCCCAGCGCAGGCUCCUUGCUCCUCUUGCCCGCCUCCACCAGCUCCACCGACGCCUCCUCCGACUCGCUCCCCUCCCCGUCCUCCUCCUCCAGAGGUCGAGUGUCCCUGCGAGCCCACCUCCUCCCCCACCCCCCUCAAGCACCUCUGGACGGUCCCGCAGCAGCCACACAAGAAAAAAAGCUCAUUGAUCACCAACUUUGGCUUUGCUAAACGCUUCGAGGAUCACACCAAUGGUUUAUGGCCACCUCAUGUGAUGAUGUUACUCGCCCUGCUACUCCACACCCAAACUGCUCGUCCAGGAACCUUCUAA